AUAUGUAAUCCCUACCCACUGGUGAAGAUGAACAGAGCAUUGUUCAGCAAAAUGACUGCCACCAGAUUCUCUCUUGUGUUCUCUGGCUGCUUAGUGACUCUUCUCAUUUGGGGAUGCACAAAUGUAAUUUGUCUGGAUAAUGACAACGCAACGGUGCAACCGCUCACAACAACAACAGUGAAAACAACAGGGUAUAACGAAACACAAACAAUGGAUAACAAGAUCUCAGGACACCAACUGCAAUUUCCUUGUCUGAAUGAUGCCUAUUGCCACAGUGUGUGUAAGAUCUGCGAGGAUCAUCCUGGCAAACCACCAAUGGAGUGUCUUUCUUAUUUAUUUGAUGACUAUCUGACUUAUUUCAAUAACCAAAUGAGCUCACUAAACUCAACUGACUGGUGCGUCUGGGAUAAAGUGAGCAGCUUCUACAGCGACUUUAGCACAUACACCGAGAACAUAUCUGACUGUCUGGAGAUCCCAUGGCCGAACUCACUGGUGGAAAAGCUCUUUGUCAACAUCCACGCUGCGUAUUUCAAAGCAUGCCCCACAGAGGAAUUUAGUGACCCACCACCAGGAAUCGUGUUUGCCCUGGUGAUCACUCCCAUCUGCCUGAUACCAGUUAUGGUCAGCCUGGUGGUGAUCAAGACCAAAAAUGGAGAUGGCACAUCCUGAUUGGAACACUGAAUAUGGCCUUUGGUAUGCAUUUUUGUCCAUCUGCUUUACCAUGCUUAGACUGCUACUAUUCCUUCAAUUAUCCAAAAAUCCUGCAGACGUCUCAGUGACUCAGGACUUAAAGGAGUAAAUGCUUCGAAUGAUGUCUGUUGAAUGUCAAAUGUCUUCUUUGUCAAUGAAAUGAUCAAUGCACUGUGGAAUAACAGUUUCCUGUUUACUGUAUUUACACUUUAUAGGGAUGGUUCAGUUUUUUGAAAGUGGGGUUCUUUAGAGUUGCCAUCAGCUGUCAGUACCUUAUCUCAGGUGCUUAGAGCACUUCUUACAGAUCCAGAAAGACAGAAAAGUGAAGUCCAUCAUUCUGAAUCAACUCCAGUUUUUAAAGUUUCACAGCGACUCAAAAGAGUUACUUAGGCGGUUAUUUAACAUGAAAGCCCAUGGCCAUUUAUGAUGAAAACUGUAUUGAUUGAUGAUCCAUAACAGUAACAUUGUGACAUUCUUAGCAGAAGAAAGAUUUAACCGAUCAGUGAGAUCUGAUUUAAUGCUAAUGGAAUAGGAUGUAAAAUAGCCAUAAGACUGCAUUUUCUCAAACUACUGACCAUGAAGGUCAAAUAAAAUAAAGCAAGAGAAAAAAAAGAAUUCUAGUGAGCUACUUUUUUCAUUAUAAGAUUGUUGUUUUAGGAUGAAAAAUAUACAUUUUUAUGCUAGUUCCAUUUGGUCUACAUGUUAGCAAGACUCAUAACUUCUUUCCCUUUUCUUAAACUGAAGGGACGCUUUGAUCUCUACUUUGUCAAAACACUGACAGCUGAAAGUUACUCUGCAGAAUCCCACCUCAAUGUCCCAAACUUUCAGUUUAAGGAAAAGGCUGUGAAAAAGUGUGUUAUUUUUAAACCGACCUAGUCACAAUGUUGCAUUCUGUUUGCAUUUGAAAGUUGGAUUUUUGAUUUUCCAUACAGAAAUACAACAGAAAUCUGUAUAAAGUCGGAAUUUUGACUUGGAAAGUUGGAGGUGUCUGAGGAGUCCUGGGUUCAACAGACAUGGCUAUAGCACAUAUAUUUAAUUUUGCAGAUGUAAACCCAGUUUUUUUUUUGUUUGUUGUUUUUAAACAAUUACCGUAAUCCUUUUUGUUGUGACAUAGUGCUGUACAACAUUUUGUGGUGGACAUGUUCAUGUUUCAAUGCAGAACAUGGAGAGAAAUGCAUCAUUAUUCAAUCAUAUUACUGUUAGCGGUUUGCGCUACUAUUGGAAAAAUCCCAGGGGCUUUCCAAAUUGCAACUGGAACAUGGUUACUCCUGAUGCGACAGCAUUCUCAGCUCCAGCCUCCAAAACAAAUAGGAUGCAGCAUUAAGUAUUGACUCAACCAGUAUCAGCACAAUAUUUUGGAAUUAAACCUUAAUACAAACCAAAAAACAUAUAUUCCGUGUUGUUAGUGAUGACAAAAGCUUCAGAGCUUGCCGUUGUAAAAGUAAAAUAACAUUUUCAGUGACAGGCCAGGAAUUAGCUUCGGCUGUUCAGAAAAUUAUGUUUAACUAUAAAUUAGCAACAUCAUUUUUUGGUGCUCAAACUGAACUCGGAUCAAUGUCAAGUUUGAUCUAUGUUUGAUCUGUGUUAAUAUGACAUGGAAAUUAAAAAUUGUUGAAUGUAUUCGUCUUAAGGGGGUUCAAAGGUUAAAGCAACUGGAGCCCAAUUAAAAGGGAGUGACCACUGCAGUAGAGCUCCCCAUGCUGUUUUUCUUUCAGCAGCAAGGAUUCUGCCUUCUAUCUAAAUAUUAGCAACUUAUAAGUAAAUAAUUGAUAGUUUAACCUGACCUGGACAAAAGACAUUUAUCUGACUGUGCAGACUAAGUUAUAUACACUGAGUGAUGACAAGAAGAUCAAUCUAAGUUUCUUUGCUUAUAACAUGAUAGCGUUGAUAUGUGUUCAGUUGUGGAUGACAGUAAAGCCACAGUAAGUGCUUUCAGAUUUGGAACAAAAUGUGUAGUCAAAUACUUUCCUUUAACUUUGUUGUUGUCGAGAACAAACGGAUGUAGUCCGCGACUUCGAGGAAUACACCCAGUCUGUUCUCACACCGUGUACUGCGCACAUAUCUGUAUACUUUAUUUUUGUUUUGUAAAGUAUUAAACCUAAAUGGUUAUUUUACCGUCCAAAUAAACUGAUCAUAAAAAA